AUGAUUCCAAGAGGUAGCAACUGUCUGAGGAACUAAAAGAUCCAAAUCUGUAAACAAAUCAUUAUCCUAUUGGCUACCCACAUCUAAUUGAGAUAUCCUUAAUAAAUCUCUAAAUCAAAGUAAAAGAAAGCAGCAACUAAUCUACUUAAGGAUAUUUCUAAAUUUGAUACAAAUAAAGCCAAUAUUACAUCCCUUUCUGGUACUGGCAAAUAAAUCUUAACAUUUAAUUCAACGUAGCAGGAUGAUACUAUGAACAUAUUAAAAAAUAAAGUCAAAUCAAUGUCAUUGACUCAUUUUAGUCAGCAUGAAUCUGCUUCUGGAUCUUAUAGUAAAAACACCUCCUAAUUCGAUAUAAGCAAAUAAUUUUAGUACACUAAUAAUCCAGUUUAUCUUAAGAUCGAAAAUCAAAAAUAAUUCUUCUAAAAAAGGAAGUUAGAAUAAACUAAGGGCCUGUUCAAGCAAGCAGAAAAUCUCGAAAUAAACAGGGUAGUACAUUUUAAAAAAGGAGGUUUUAUUGGUAAAGGUUACUACAUAAUUGAAAUCUCUUCAAGUAAUAAAGCCUUAAACUAAAUCAGAAUUCUCCUGUCAAAGAUCCUAAUGUGA